GUCCGCGGGUCACGUGCUGUGGGCGUCAGCGUUGGCCGCCAUUCGGUCACUGCAAGGACGGGGACGAUGGCGCGUUUGCUGGUGCUCAGGAGUCAGUUCGUUGUCGCUCGGCAGUUGCGGGCUUACAGCGACAGUAGCCAGCUGGGAGAGUUGGGCAAAGGUGCUGGCAAAGGUGGUGGUGGAGGAGGGAGCAUAAGAGAAGCUGGAGGUGCGUUUGGCAAAAGGGAGGCAGCAAUAGAGGAGAAAUACUUCAGGGAAAAAGAAAUGGAACAGAUUGAAAAUCUGAGGAAACAUCAUCAAGAGGAGAUUAACCAUCACGAGCAUGAAAUACAGCGUUUACAGAGUGAGAUUAAACGCCACAAGGGUCAGAUCAAGAAGCUGAAGCACGAUGGCUAUGACAGUGACUAGAUUUCUAAUGUUUCUAUGUUGCUAGAGUAUUUCAAUCAUGGCAUUAAUUAAUGGUGAACUCUUAAUUGUGCUUGAAUGUAAAUUGUUAAAUAAAAAAAUCACUGUUCACUAUCUCAAA